AUGGCUGAGAAAGUGAGAUACUAUUUGGAACAGUCUGUUCCCGAGUUAGAGGACUUGAAGAGCAAGGGCCUUUUUGAAAAAAAUGAAAUCACCAUGAUUAUGAGAAGAAGAACCGACUUCGAGCACAGAAUCCAAGGCAGGGGAAGUAAGCCUAGAGAUUUCACCAAAUACGCAGAAUUUGAAGUUAACUUGGAGAAAUUGAGAAAGAAGAGAUACAGCAGAUUAUCAAAAGUAGGGGUUAUUGACACCAAGCCCAGCAUUAGUGACUGGGCUGGAACUAGAAGAAUCAUGUUCAUUUUUGAGAGAGCUACUAGAAGAUAUCCAGGUGACUUGGACUUAUGGUCGCAAUACUUGAAGUUUGCCAAAUCAAAUGGUGCUAUAAAGGUUAUUUAUAAGGUUUAUUCUAGACUUUUGCAAUUACAACCCCGUAAUAUAGAUGCUUGGUUAUCUGCGGCAAAGUAUGAGUUCGAAACCAAUGCCAACGCAAAGGGAGCAAGAAUGCUUUUCCAAAGAGGGUUAAGAUUGAAUCCAGAAUCGUUGGAAUUGUGGUUGAGCUAUGCCCAAUUCGAGUUGACGUAUAUAUCGAGAUUACUUGCCAGAAGAAAAGUUUUGGGUCUCAUAACUGAAAAGCAACAGCUGGACGAAAUGACUAGCCAGCAAGAAAGAUUAGCCAAGUCUAUUGCAGACUCAGCCAUAGGUGAUGACGACAAAGACUUUAACGAUGAUAAGAUCGAAUUGCCUUCAACAGAAGAAAUGAAAGAACAAUUGCAUCACUUACCCGAAGCAGACAUGAACAUGUUGGGUAAUCCCGAAACCAAUCCAGCCUUGAGAGGAGACGUAGCGUUAACAGUUUUUGACUUGUGUGUUCCUGCAAUUAUCAAGAGCAUUCCUGAAUUUUCUACUGUAGUCAAUGCUCAAGACAAGACUUUCGAGGUUGUUGACCAUUUCUUAUCCAUGAUCGACUUGUUCGAGGACCUCAACAGAGACCACUUAUACUUACACAUCUUGAACUUUUUACAAAGUAAUUAUCCUCAUGAUUUACGUACAAGUUUGAUCGACAUAUGUUUGCCUAUCAGAAAUGUUAAACGGACCAGCCCUCAGUUGUCCGAGUUGUUACAAUUGGCCGUUAAUAAAUUCAUUGCAUACAAGUCUAAGUUGAGAGACUUACAAGAGAAGGAUACAUUAACUAACUUAUUCGUUAACCAGCUUACAAACCAGUUCUUGAGCACUCACGAAGUCGCUGAUGGUUCUGAAAAGAUAGACACUUUAUUAAGAGCCAUUAUUAAGAAGUGCCGCACCAUCUAGAAUAGAUAGACAUUAAUACAUAAAUAUAGAACUAUAGACUGUGGUGGAACUAGAACUACAACGACUAAUAGAAGUGGGACUCAUAAACUAGUCCAAUUUGUUUUCGCUGUCCAAAUUGAACUUUCCUAAGUUCUUGACACGACGAGAGAUGGCAGUAUAACUCAAGGUAAACACCACCAAUCCAGAGAGUACGGCUGUAAGCACCAAAUAGAAGGUAAACCACUGGUAACUUAUAGGAACAAAAGCCGCUGGGAAUCUGUAGAAGCCAUCUGCAUAAGGCAAAUUCUCAGUCUUUCCGGCUAUCGAGUUUACAGGAACAAUCUGAUCAAGCCAUCUGACAGCAAAAUUGAGAGUGAGCAGGUCACCAAUGACGAUUCUAGUGACAUUAGUUCCUGAAGAAUAAGCCACGGCACUGAUGAAAGUGUUUUCUUUAUGGUUGCGGUUAGCUGGCUUCGUCAAAAGGACAUUUAAAGACGAAUCGAUAUCCAAAUGAGAGUCGUGUAUUUCUCCUCUGAAAUUGAAAGUCAAAGGAACAUAAGCUCCCCCCUUUUGCAAGUAGUUGGCAUCAGCACUAACAGGUAAUCUACAGCCAAAUGGCACGUCUUCGUGGAUGUACAAUUGGAACAAAUGGUAUAAGUUGUCUGUGAAUUCGAUAGUACAGUUGAAAUCAGCAUUGACUCCAUAUUCAAAGCUCAAAGGUCUGUUGGUCUCUUUACAAGUAGGAAAGGGAC